AUGGCAGAACGCCGAAAGUGUGAGCCUGUCAAAACACAGACAGAUUCUGCCAAAAAGAAAUGUAAAAGGGACUGGAAUCGACAAAAACCUGGGAUUUCCAUAGGAAUAGAAUUGAUUCAUUGGAACUUUGUGAGAGGAGAAAAGGGAAUAGACUUGAAUUCCGAUUUUGCCAGACGUCUAUUGGAUAGCUUAAAAUAUGAAGAGGCCCCAGGACUGGGAGUGCACAACAUCGGUGAGUCGGUGAAGCUCCCAGAAGCCCCAGGACUGGGAGUGCACAACAUCGGUGAGUCGGUGAAGCUCCCAGAAGCCCCAGGAUUGGGAGUACACAACAUCGGUGAGUCGGUAAAGGUCCCAGAAGCCCCAGGACUGGGAGUACACAACAUCGGUGAGUCGGUAAAGCUCCCAGAGGCCCCAGGAUUGGGAGUACACAACAUCGGUGAGUCGGUAAAGCUCCCAGAAGCCCCAGGACUGGGAGUACACAACAUCCGUGAGUCGGUAAAGCUCCUAGAGGCCCCAGGAUUGGGAGUACACAACAUCGGUGAGUCGGUGAAGCUCCCAGAAGCCCCAGGAUUGGGAGUGCACAACAUCGGUGAGUCGGUAAAGCUCCCAGAAGCCCCAGGACUGGGAGUACACAACAUCGGUGAAUCGGUAAAGCUCCCAGAAGCCCCAGGAUUAGGAGUACACAACAUCGGUGAGUCGGUAAAGCUCCCAGAAGCCCCAGGAUUGGGAGUACACAACAUCGGUGAGUCGGUAAAGCUCCUAGAAGCCCCAGGAUUGGGAGUACACAACAUCGGUGAGUCGGUAAAGCUCCUAGAGGCCCCAGGAUUGGGAGUACACAACAUCGGUGAGUCGGUAAAGCUCCUAGAAGCCCCAGGAUUGGGAGUACACAACAGCUGUGAGUCGGUAAAGCUCCUAGAGGCCCCAGGAUUGGGAGUGCACAACAUCGGUGAGUCGGUAAAGCUCCCAGAAGCCCCAGGACUGGGAGUACACAACAUCGGUGAAUCGGUAAAGCUCCCAGAAGCCCCAGGAUUGGGAGUACACAACAUCGGUGAGUCGGCAAAGCUCCCAGAAGCCCCAGGAUUGGGAGUGCACAACAUCGGUGAGUCGGUAAAGCUCCUAGAGGCCCCAGGAUUGGGAGUGCACAACAUCCGUGAGUCGGUAAAGCUCCUAGAGGCCCCAGGAUUGGGAGUGCACAACAUCGGUGAGUCGGUAAAGCUCCCAGAAGCCCCAGGAUUGGGAGUACACAACAUCCGUGAGUCAGUAAAGCUCCCAGAAGCCCCAGGAUUGGGAGUGCACAACAUCGGUGAGUCGGUAAAGCUCCCAGAAGCCCCAGGACUGGGAGUACACAACAUCGGUGAAUCGGUAAAGCUCCCAGAAGCCCCAGGAUUGGGAGUACACAACAUCGGUGAGUCGGUAAAGCUCCCAGAAGCCCCAGGACUGGGAGUACACAACAUCGGUGAGUCGGUAAAGCUCCCAGAAGCCCCAGGAUUGGGAGUACACAACAUCGGUGAGUCGGUAAAGCUCCUAGAGGCCCCAGGACUGGGAGUACACAACAUCGGUGAGUCGGUAAAGCUCCCAGAAGCCCCAGGAUUGGGAGUACACAACAUCGGUGAGUCGGUAAAGCUCCCAGAAGCCCCAGGACUGGGAGUACACAACAUCGGUGAAUCGGUAAAGCUCCCAGAAGCCCCAGGAUUGGGAGUGCACAACAUCGGUGAGUCGGUAAAGCUCCCAGAAGCCCCAGGAUUGGGAGUGCACAACAUCGGUGAGUCGGUAAAGCUCCCAGAAGCCCCAGGAUUGGGAGUACACAACAUCCGUGAGUCGGUAAAGCUCCUAGAGGCCCCAGGAUUGGGAGUACACAACAUCGGUGAGUCGGUAAAGCUCCUAGAGGCCCCAGGAUUGGGAGUGCACAACAUCCGUGAGUCGGUAAAGCUCCUAGAGGCCCCAGGAUUGGGAGUACACAACAUCGGUGAAUCGGUAAAGCUCCUAGAGGCCCCAGGAUUGGGAGUGCACAACAUCGGUGAGUCGGUAAAGCUCCUAGAGGCCCCAGGACUGGGAGUACACAACAUCGGUGAGUCGGUAAAGCUCCCAGAAGCCCCAGGAUUGGGAGUGCACAACAUCGGUGAGUCGGUGAAGCUCCCAGAAGCCCCAGGAUUGGGAGUGCACAACAUCGGUGAGUCGGUGAAGCUCCUAGAGGCCCCAGGAUUGGGAGUACACAACAUCGGUGAGUCGGUGAAGCUCCCAGAAGCCCCAGGAUUGGGAGUACACAACAGCUGUGAAGUGGAGUCAUUAAAGGUGUCACCAAAAACGUCAUUAAGCGAGUGUUGCAGAGAUACUAUUUCCUUUUUUGUUUGUGAUAGUUUUGUUCACCACCACAAGGAGGCAGAUCACUAA